AUGCCGGCCAUCAAGGCAAAUAGCAAGGCGAAAAACUUGAUCAUCCAAGGCUUGAGAAUGAUCGACUUCGACCGUGUUGUGCAUCUCAAAUCAGCGUAUGAGGUAUGGAAAACACUUUGUGAUUACCAUGAAGGUUCAUCUACUAUUAAAGAGAUCCUUAGGAAUUUGCAUGCUGUUAAUGUUACAUAUUCAGAUGCUGAGAAUGCACGUCAAUUAUUAGGAGCUUUAGACAUGUCGGUUUGGGAGAUGAAGGUGACAUCUAUUAGAGAAUCUCCUAUCGUGAGCACACUGACAUUGGAUAUUCUCUACUCUAAAUUGAAAACACAUGAACUAGAUAUCUUUGCUAGAAAGAAUGCAAAUAAAUCUAUUGCUUUAAUUUCUCAACCUAGCAUAUCUCGCAAAGCAUCAAAGGAGGAGAUGGAGAAAAAGAAGCAUCCAUUUGGUGAUAAGAAGAAGAAGAAUUUUCUCAACCGGAAGGUUGUGCAUCAAGUUCUUUUGGUGCUUAAACAAAUCAACUUGAGCAAUGUUGAUUCCGAGAGCAGCGAUGAUGACACAACAUCCAAAGACCAGAUGAUACGUGACUUGACGGUGUCGUGUCUCACAGUGAGUAGCAAAGAAAGCAUUAGCGAGGAUGAGCUUGACAUCGACAAUAGUGAGGUUCAUAGGGCAAGAAACGAGAACAUUUGGCUAGUUGAUUCUAGAUGCUCACGUCAUAUGUCUGGCAAUAAGAAUUGGUUCCCCUCCCUUGUACAAGCAUCUUGUGCUAAAAGUGUUACAUUUGGAGAUGCAUCUUCUUCUAUUGUUGUUGCAAAAGGUUCCUAUCCACCCAUUAUCAUGAUCAUGACAAAUGCUUCAGGUCAGUUGUUACACCUUGAUAUUGUUGGUCCUUCAAGAGUUCAAUCUUUUGGAGGUUUGGCAUGGUUGAAAAGUAAAGCUGAUUGUGCAUAUAAUUUCUUGCAAUGA